AUGGCCAAGCCAACUGAAGAUAUUCCAGAGAAAUCCGGAUCGCCACUUGCAAGAACAUUGUCGGUUGAUUCAUUUGGACCUAAAUUGAUGUCAGUUUUCCGCAAGAAUAAAAAAAGGAGCCAUGAUGAAAUUCAAUCGAAUAACUCCACACCCACUCCGUUAAGCUCAGAUGAUCAGGAACAUGAUAGUCUGGAUUCGGAAAUCUUGAAAAUUGAACCUAAGAAUGAAAUCAAUAACAAACGUAGAAAGAUUAAAACUAAAGAAGAGGAAGAAUUCGAAGCCAAUGAACGUAAAUUAGAUGAAGAGUUACCAGAAGACUUAAGAAAAUUCAGACCAAAGGGAUUUAAAUUUAAUCUUCCUCCUAAAGAUAGACCAGUUAGAAUUUAUGCUGAUGGGGUAUUUGAUUUAUUUCAUCUUGGUCAUAUGAAACAAUUAGAGCAAGCUAAAAAAUCCUUUGAAAAUGUUGAAUUAGUUUGUGGUGUUCCUAGUGAUGUGGAAACUCAUAAAAGAAAAGGUUUAACGGUUUUAACUGAUAAUCAACGGUGUGAAACUUUAUUACAUUGUAAAUGGGUUGAUGAAGUUAUUCCAAAUUGUCCUUGGGCAGUGACUCCGGAAUUUUUGAAAAAACAUAAGAUUGAUUAUGUUGCUCAUGAUGAUGAACCUUAUGUUUCUGCAGAAUCGGAUGACGUUUAUAAACCAAUUAAACAACAAGGAAUGUUCUUAUCUACUCAAAGAACCGAAGGUAUUUCAACUUCUGAUAUAAUUACUAAAAUCAUUAGAGAUUAUGAUAAAUAUUUAAUGAGAAAUUUUGCCCGUGGAGCCACUAGAAAAGAAUUAAAUGUUAGUUGGUUAAAGAAAAAUGAACUAGAAUUUAAAAAACAUAUAAAUGAUUUCAGAUCGGCUUGGAUGAAAAAUAAAAAUAGUAUAAAUAACGUUUCAAAAGAUUUAUAUUUCGAGGUAAGAGAAUAUAUUAGAGGUAGAAGAUCUUUUGAUAAUCAUUCUUUGGAUGAUAAAAAACCAAAUGGGUCCUCUUCUUCUUUGAAUAGUGAUUUUGAAGAUCAAAACUCAAGAGCAACUAGUCCCUUAACGGAAUUUGCCUCAAAAUAUAUCGGUAAUAAAAAUAGUGACUUAAAUCGUCCUCCAAAAUCAAUUUUUUCAAACGUGAAGGAUUGGAUUAAAGUAGAAGAGUCUCAUGAUGAAGAUUCAAAUGAAAGCGAUUUACCAAUUAAUAAAGAAACCAAGAAACCAAAAUCCCCAAAGAAAGUGAAAUCAACCACUCCUAGAAAAAUUAAAAAACCAGUAAGCCAAAAAUCAAAGAAAACUUGA